UUCCAUGGACAGCUGUAAGAUUGAAGGUGUCAGCAGUGUAAAUCAGCUCGGUGGGGUGUUUGUAAAUGGACGACCUCUACCCACAUGUAAGAGGAAGAAAAUAAUAGAACUAGCAUCUAGUGGAGUGCGUGCAUGUGAGAUCUCCAGGAUUUUAAAGGUUUCCAAUGGAUGUGUCAGCAAAAUACUUGGUCGCUAUUAUCAAACAGGCUUUGUGGAACCCAAGACAAUAGGAGGGAGCAAACCCAGACUGGCCACCCCAAAAGUGGUAAUGAAGAUAGCUCAAAUGAAAUGGGAAUAUCCAUCAAUCUUUGCUUGGGAGAUUCGAGAGAAGCUUCUUGCUAGUGGGAUCUGCCCUGAAGAUAAAAUUCCUAGUGUAUCAUCUAUAAACAGAGUCCUCAGGAACUUACCAAUGGACCUUAACUUCCCAUCUAGCCCUGAGCCAUCCAGCCCAGAUUCCGUGGAUAUGUCCAACAUUACCAUUCCAUUUAAAGUAUCACCAAAACUGGACUUUUCUCAAAGUGACAAUGACACUUCAUCAAAUGUCUCCCCGCAAAGCAACCAGCAUCGUAAUAGGACAAUAUUCUCUAUUGAGCAGUCGGAAACACUAGAAAAAGAGUUCCUUCGAGUUCGCUAUCCAGAUAUUGCCACCAGGGAGAAGUUAGCCGCAUACACCAAGCUUCCUGAAGUUACAAUCCGAAUUUGGUUUUCCAACAGAAGAGCAAAAUGGAGACGCGAAGAGAAGCUUAAACAGGAUAUUCAAAUCACAGUAAAUAUCUCUUCUACAUCAUCCUCUCCUAUGACGGGAAACUCUCUGUUUCCAGCGGAUUUUAGGCCAAACAGGCCACUUCCAGGUUUAGAUGGAAUGUCACUUCCUCUUUCAUUGCAACCUAUAUCACUUCCUGUUCAUCAUACCAUCACAAUGCCCCAUGUGUACCCUCCAAUCCCACUGGUCAACAUGGAGGAUCAUGGAUUUCAACAAAGCUAUCACAGCUGUGGAUCACCGUUGGCAUUUGAAAGCUUGCGUCCCAUAUACCAUUAUUGA